AUGGCCGAGGAGAAGACCUUUCGUUAUGGGUUCAUCAUGCUGGGUUUUUUCCUGGUGAUGACGGGGAUGUUCAUCAUGAGCGUGGAAAAGCCCCAGAUCUACAUCACCUUCUGCGCCCUGGGUGUCCUGCUCGUAGCCGUGGGCAUCACCUGGAGCAUGUGCCAGUGCUACCCGAAGAUAAUGUUCACCCCUGUGGACCUUGAGGCCAAGCGGUUCCUGGACCACAAACCCAUCGUGCUGCUGGAGAGGGACACCCGCUUGCAGGCACCCUGCCCCAACCAAGAGGCCACCAGCACCUACGAGAAAAGCCCGCUGUCCUACGAGCAGAUCCAGAGGCAGGCGGUGGGCUCGGAUCCGCUCCCACCCACGGCCCAGCCCAGAUCCCGCAGCUGCUCCCAGUUGGCGGUGCAGGCGAGAGCAGAGGUCCACUGGGAGCUGGGGGGUGCUGGAGACUCCCCCCGAGAGCCAGCGCCUCGGCUGGAAACGGCGGCAGGCAGCUGCCCCCCCCAGCCAGCCGCAGGGGACGCGCCGCUGGCAUCCCUCCUGGAGGACAUGGACACGCCGUCGCUGGAAGGCUCUGUGCCCGGCAGCCCCGUGCCACGGGGCCGAUCUCCCCCACCCUCCCCGGCGGGGGGACGGCACCCCGGUUCUCCCCGCAAAGGCGCUGGGGAGGAGGGUGACCUUUAUUAUGGGCUCCAAGAGGGGUCGGAUGCUCUGCUCGAGGAUAGCGACCACCUUUUUGAGCCUGAAAACUGA